AUGGCGGCAACCAGGACUCCUGCAGUUCCGCCACCGGGCCACUUCCACCCGAAGUUACGUCCAAUAAGAGCUAUGCCACCAAAGCCCAGGCUGGUGGUCCGCCGCAUUGAGGGACAGAAAAACGGCUCCUCCCCCGGCGCGGACUUUUUUUUUGAUCCGUAUGCUGCAGACGGCAGUGGAUAUGCUGCAGACGGCAGCAGAUCCGACUCCCUCCGUAGCAGCGUCCCUACUUGGUCAUCAUCUCCUUCUUCGCAUUCAGCACCGUUCUCCUCGUCUCUAGAUAAGGACCUAGAGGAAUUAGGUGCUUUGCCUUCGUCCGACUUCCGCCAACGCAGUUACCGUGCCGAUGCUGAGCGAAGAAAUCGCCAGUGGGCCUCGGGAACCUGGGCUCUGCUGGGUGGAAUGCUAGCCAUGAUCCUUGCUGCAUACCAGCUGAGAUUUGCCGCGCCAGUGCUCAAAAAGGUCGCAGACUCUGCCGUGCCCACCAGCAGUUCGCGACCUUACCCGUCCAGCUCCCCGUCUGGAGCCGGUGCUGCAUCAUCGCCGGGAAUCACCGGAAGCCUUCAGGAAACUACAGCCAAUAAAGUUGCAGCCCGACGUCAGUGGCUAUUUGGAAUAUUUGUGCUUGCUUUCUCUAUUUUCUCUGCAACGUUCUUCGCGAGGUUGCACGCCUGGAUGUUUUGGAUGCGUCGAAGGCUGCGACUUAGGAUUGACGACCGCCUGCCGCAGCAUUCGAAGGUCGAGAAAGAAAUUGCAGAGUUGUAUAGUAUUGACGAUGAGUCGCUGGGUAUAAAUGGCGAAGUGAAAACUUCAGGGGCGGUUACUGCCAUCCGCAAGUGCCUCAGUGACUACAAAGCACUCAACAGGCUUACUCAUCAGUCUGCGUUUGCCAUAUUCUUCCACCUCGCGGCGCAGAGUCGCAGGAGACAAAUAGCGUACUCUGUAUAUAGGAAUGCAUGCGAUGCGCUCCAUGCGAAAGUGGAGCAGAGCCGGCCAGUACUGAACGAAGAAGUUGCGGAGGUGCUGAGGAAACAACGCUCGCUGCGCAUGCAGUAUGAGCGCAUGAUUGACGAUGUUGUUGACAUUCUAGACAAAGAAAACCUUCCUCCCGGCUUGUGUGAAGAGGAGCUGGAGUAUCUUACGGGAGACUUCCGGCCUGCUCUAGUCGAGCUUGCGAACCACACAAUCAAAAGCCUGGAUAUGGACCGCAGGUUCUUUGAAGCGUUCAUUCAAUCGCACCACAUGAUUCAGACCAAUUCGGAUGAGGUCACCGCAGCAGAAGGCCUGCAAAGUAAAAGAACUGAGAAUACGUACACGUACGAUUCCCAGCAGGAGCCACAGGAUGAGCGGCCGCUAGAGGCUGGCGAUAAGGGCGCUCCUGCAGAGCAGCUGACCACAGAAGAACCAAGCGAAGAGUCGUUGCAUGAAAGUCAGUUUUGGGAAGCGAGACGAGCCCUUUCUACCUAUCGUAGGGACACAUUCAGGCCGGAAGUGCCCGACUUCGAUCGUUGCUUCCUCCCAGAGCUACCGCUUUCCUUGUUUGCAUACUAA